AUGAAAGUGAAUUCCUCCUUUAAGAAAGAUAAAUUAUUAUUUAUCAUUUUGAUAACCAUUCAAGUUAUUUUAGGGUCAUAUUUUAUUUCUCUUCAAUUCAUGGAAUUUUCUUAUUUCAUUCAAUAUUUAAUCACUUUAAUAGUUUACAUUAAAUUGAUCUAUUCAACAACAGAGUUGAAUCAACAACAAAACCACCACCACCACCACCAUCAACAACAACAACUAGAUCGUUUAGCAACAUUUUCAUUAAAAUUUCUAGAAUUUCAUAAUCAUGCACAUCGACGUAUUGAUGGUAGUUGUUGUGGUCGUCCUAAACAAUCAUCAUCUUCAUUAAUAACUACUAUAAAAAUAGAAACAGAAAUAUGUAAAGCAGAAUGUGCAUUAGAAUUUCGUAUUUGUAUUGAACCUUAUACAGUAAUUAAUAUAUUAUCGAAUAAUACAAAAAUUUAUAAUGGUCCUUGUAUGUACGGUGAAGUAUAUACUGGUCAUUGGGGUAAUACAGAUAUUACAUAUGGAUUAUUAGAAGCCAGUGUACACUCUAUUGGAAUUAUACAUCCAUGGCCGAAAAUCCAUCACAAAUGA